GCGUUAUUUCCCUCCUCACAUCAUCAGAGGAAGUAAAAGUAGCAAAAUUUCUUUCGAUCUUGCGAAACAGAAUAAUAUAAUUUCUUGAUUUUUUCGUGACAUAGUACGAAAUCAUCUUUUCAAAAAUGUUUCAAGAACCUGACUACAGAGAAAACCUAUCAUUGAUGUUAUCAGAGGUUUUAGAUGACAUUGGUGUCAAUGAAAGAAUGGUGAUGAGAAGGAGAAGAAGGUACAUGUUGAAAGAGACUAUGAGUAACAUCAGAAACAGGUCAAUUGAUCUAAAACUUACUGAAUAUCAUCUAGGGAGCCAGACUGAAGGUUCAACUACUAUUGGACUUAAUUCAGACAUUGAUAUACUAGUCUGUGUGCAUGAUUUCAAUAUAAUACAAGACUGGUCAGAGUGGGAACAUGGCAAGAAAAACUAUCUCAUGAUACAGGAUGAGAAUACUACCCCUGGUUAUUGUUUCCUACAACUGCUCCAUUGUUACGAACCUCGUCCUGCCACUGUCAUUCCUAAAGAACACCAUAUCAAUAAUAGAAGAGGAAGAAUAUUGUUAAAAAACACAAUAUUUAAUGGUUCCGGUCAGGGUUUUUUAAAACAUGGACCUUCCGGUCAGUGUAUUUUCAAACAUGGACCAUCAUAUCCUGUACAAGGAGGGCAUGGAAUGUGUGAUACAGACACUGUGCCAGCUUUUUCUUGUAAAUCCUGGCCUCAAUCAGCAUCAGGUUGGUUAGAUAGACAAGGUAUUGGCAGAUGGCCAACACAAGACAUGAGAAGAUAUAUAGCCAGUACUGGGUGUUUCGUUGUUCCAACUGGAAGUAAGGUCAGUAAAUAUCCUGACCUGGAAUGGAGAAUAUCUACAACAUUGGCAGAAAGAUGCCUUACGUUCAAUCUAAAUAUAACGCAAAUAAGGUGCUAUGUUUUAUUGAAAAUGGUUCUUAAAUCCUUCCUCAAUCCUCACGGGGAAAUCAAUAUAUCAAGUUUCAUGUGUAAAACAGUUCUAUUUCACUGUAUAGAAAACACAGAGUCAAGUAUAUGGAAAGAGAACAAUUUAAUUAUAUGCUUAACAUACUGCUUAUUAGAAUUACAAAGCUGUGUACAGAAUAACUGUUGUUCACAUUUCAUUAUCCGAGAAAACAAUUUAAUGGCAGGGCAAUUUACAGCUGGAAAAAAACAUGAACUUUUAAAAAAUAUGAGUGAUUAUUUGCAAAAUGACAGACAAAUGUUACUUAGAAUUGAUAUUGAUGAUCUUGGCCAUAGACUGCAAGUUAAACUGAACAUGGUACCACAAAGAGCAUAUCAUUAUGAAAUAAAAGAACUUUAUAUGUUCUGUGAUUAUUUAAACACAGCAUACGUUACAAGCAUAAAUCAUAUGGCUAUUUUAAAAUAUUUACAAAAAAAAGCAUUGUAACAAUCAAGCAUUGC